CAACAGAUGUGCAGCAAUGAGUGGAAGACCCCAGCUCACCUUCAGAGCCGAGGAUACAGAAAGUCUGGCUGUGCAGAUGAAGAACGGGCUGUGGUGCUCCAGGUACAAACCAGCUGAAUACAACAAACUACAAGCCCUAGUGGAGGCCAAACGCCAGGAAACUGCACAGAUCGGACAAAAGGUUGUCAGGACCCUCCAGGCUGCCAGGGCGAGCAGGGAGAGCAGCAUGGGCCGGCAGCAUCGCCAGCUGUGGAUCAGAGAGAGCACCAGGCUGGCCUGGGCUGGAGCAAGGGCAGAAGCUGAGCUGCAGGCCUGUCUGGGAGACAGCAGAGCAAGGGCAGAAGCUGAGCUGCAGGCCUGUCUGGGAGACAGCAGAGCAAGGGCAGAAGCUGAGCUGCAGGCCUCUCUGGGAGACAGCAGAGCAAGGGCAGAAGCUGAGCUGCAGGCCUGUCUGGGAGACAGCAGAGCAAGGGCAGAAGCUGAGCUGCAGGCCUGUCUGGGAGACAGCAGAGCAAGGGCAGAAGCUGAGCUGCAGGCCUGUCUGGGAGACAGCAGCUCACCUCACACACCUGACAGAAGCUUCCUCUCUGAGCUGCUGCAUUACGAGCUGGUCCUACAGAAAGAGCGUGAGCUGUUCCAGGCAGCCACCGUGGCUCCUGUAUGGCAGCUGAAGGAGGACCUACAGUUCAGGCUGCCAGGAGCCCUGAGACCCCCUGAUCACACCUCCAACUGGGAGCAGGUCCUGAUACAGGUGAACUUAGUGAAAAAGCAGCAGGACAGCAUCAUGGAGAAGCUGAGCUCAGACUACCGCGCUGUGGAGGACGAGGUUGCUUCCCUGCAUCUGCAGGAGUGUGUGAGCAGGCCUGCAGCCUGCAGCCUGCCAGGCAGCCUGGCUGAGCUGGCUCUGGUCCCUGAGGAGGUGCUGGGUGCAGAGGACCUCUUCCCUGAGCUGAGAGACUCCCUGGUCCAUGCCUUCCUCACCCUGGAGGAGAGGUACCGCUGCAGGCUGCAGGCUGUGCAGGACAGGCUCCAGGGACCGGACAGGUUUGGAGGCUGGAGUGCUGAGGAACACCUGCUGUUCCAGGUGACUGUGGAGCAGUAUCCUGCAGACCUGCCCAGACGUAGAGCUCUUUACAUGGACAUGCUGCGCAGAGUCUUCCCCCACCGCUCCACACAUCAGCUGAAUGAACAUGAGCGGAGCUGGGAUUGGCAGAGAUUCACCCAGGCCCAGCUGUUAGCCGUAGCCCAGGGCUGGCACCGAGACCGGGCAGAGCUGCUGGCCAAGGCCCUGGUCACCAUGGAGGAGGCCCGGCAGGAACGCCAGGAGCAUCUGAACCUGCAGAGAGACCGCCAGAACCAGCUGGACAUCUGCUCCAGACUCCGUGACAAGCUGCAGCAGUGGCAUGCUCAGCAGGAAGAGGUUGCCAGGUUGGAGGCAGACGUAGCCAGCAGACGUCAGGAGGAAGAGGAGGAGCGACUGAGGAGGAGCCAGGAGAGAGACUCCGCCCUGAGGACACGGCAGAAACACAAGGUGCAGCAGUUCUACACAGCACUGCAGAGGCAGAGGGAGGAGCAGGAGCGGAGAGACCAGCUGAGGCUGGAGGAGUUGAGGAGAGCCAUGGCAGAGCAGGCUAGGAGAGAUAAGGAGAGGGUGGAGUUUCGGGCGUCUGUUCUCCAGCAGCGCAGGGAGGAGGGGGAGGCACGAGUGCUGGGGCGUCUGAAAGAGGAGGAACACAAACAGAAUCGUCUGGAAGCUCUUAGAAAUCAGGUGGCGGUGAUGGCGGAGGGGGACCCAGCGAGGAUGAUGGGAGAUACGGCCGCUUGGAGGAACCGUCAGCUGGGAGAACAGGAGGAGUUUGUUCUUCAUAAACCUCUUUAUGAUCUGCACACCUACACUGAUACACAGAUUGUGUCUGACCCCAGGGUGCGCGUGGAGCAGGCUCUUCGACAGGCUGGCCUCCACAACACGCCGUACGCCCAGCAGGUUUUCUCAGGCCUCAAACCACUCAGGCCACCCAGACGAGACACUGAGUCCACUGGCUUUAGGUCCUGAAAGAUCUGUCCUUGGCGCCAGUUCAAUCUGAACUGCCAACCAGUGGCAAUCAGCCCCGAUAUGGCAAUAUAUGUUGUUUAAGAUGUGUGAUGUUAUUUGAGUGAUUACAGAAAACAAGGAGAUAAGUUUUCUACUUCAUGUUCAAAGGUCUCACUGGUUCCUUGUAACAAACACUAAAACUAAAAUAUAGUACAUGUCACCUCGCUCCCUUAACCGACACGUUUAGGAACAUCUAAGACAGUGGACUUUUCAUUUCACACUGAGUGUAUCAUCUGUGGGAAGCUGAAU